ACUUGCGGCAGGCCUCCUCGUCUCAUGGGACCGCGGCGCAUCCGGCCCGACGAGCGGAGCAGAUACUUGGCCCGGUUCCCCCUCAAGCUGCGUUUCAUGGAGUCUUCGUGGAAACCAUUUACCGUCGUCACAGCAACGAGGUCCGAGGCCACGUCAGCGCACCAUCGUAGCAAAGUUACUACAUGAUGAGCAGCCAGUCGAUGCAGACCCUCAUCGACCCAGGGUGUCGCAACAAGAUGCCGUUAUUUGAUGGCACCGCGGGAUCCAAGCCGCAAACUGUGCCCGGGAUCCUGGGCAAGCAGGCGCUGCAGUACCACGGGGCCUACUUUGCGUACGACCCCCGACUAAAGGACGGAGCUGCAUUCACUCAGGCUUGGAGCAAGGCAAAGAUGGCACAGAUGCUGGACGGCAGGAGUCCUGUGAGUCACCUCGGCGGCAUGGAGGGGCGAAACCACGUUGUUUACAGGCAGGACAGCAGUUCCUCAGAGGAAGGACACUCGCAUUCCUCGUCUCUGUGUCACGCUCAGGGGAAACCGGGCUUCACGCUGUACGCUAAAAGUCCUGGGGUGAGCAGUCCUACGGCCGCUGCAAACCAGAAAACGGGCGGCGAGAGCGUGUCCCCGCUGUCGGAGAGCCCCGUCUACCUGGCCGUCCCCAAGCCGGUGUACAGACACAGCCCCUGCUGCAGCGAACUGGGCUGCGUGAUGGGGCAGCGCUACACUAUGGAGCACGGCUCUCCGCGGAGGCCGAGCGCCGUUUAUGAGCACGACUGGAUGCAAGCCGGCGCCCACUACGCCGAGAGGCCGCCCGCUCCGGUGAAGGCGCCGGGUUUACAGCCGGACCACGGCGCAGAGCCGGUCCAGAGGAUGGUGGAGGCGUACAGUCCAAGCCGAGCGAGGGCGUUUCCGGUUCUGAUCGACCCAAACUACAGCAGCUACCCCUGCACCCCGACCCGAGCGCUUUUCACGUCUUUGAGUGAGCAAAGCCAGUGUUUACAGACACCUCCCAGAGGCUACCCCAGCUUCUACCCUCCCCAUGCUUCAUACGAGCAUAUGACCUCAGACGUUUAUCAGGAGUGUUCUCCCAUGUCCAAAUAUGGGCAACUAACACAGCACCCAAUACUUUACUACCCUCAGUCGAACGUGGAGCUAGAAAGCAGGGCCCAGUGUAAAGAUAUGAGCGCUAAGCAGCGAGAACACGUCCCUGUUAUCCUUAAGCACACAAUGUCCAACCCCCGGGAGCAUUUUAUUGUGCCUCAGGCACUUCAUGGUGAAAUUCCUUUGCCUACAGCUGAAGCGCUGCCAAAUCGUCCCUUCCUGCGGGGUUUGGACUACCCGUGUUACGCCGUCCCCAGGUUUCAUUUAAAUGCCGGUCAGGUCAGACACCCCCUGAAAACGCAGCAUGUGCCACCUGGCUAUCACGCGAGCGGCGUCGGCGCCUCCCCAUCCGGCCAGCAUAUGGAUCCGUCGGCUGCCUCUGGAGCCAGUGUGCAUAGGGACAAACCCAGUGCUGGCCUCCGCGUGGACAAAGCACACGGCUCCUCGCCGUUCCUGCAUGAGGACCGGACCAGUCCUGCCAGACGUACAAGCCAACCUGGCAUCUCGCCGCAGGGCAUACAAGGAAACAGAUUUCUCCCCCCACUCACCAGCCUGCAUUUGGACCGGCCCAUCCUUCCCCCAGCUGGCAUGAACAUAGACAGACUCAUUGACUUAAACCCUUACGAAGCCCAGAUUUCAUGUCCAAAGCUGCAGAGAGGUCUUCCUGUGUCCCCAGCCGCGUGGCUUCCCCGCUCGCCCUGUUCGGACAGCUUCCCUUCGCUUGUCACGCAUUUGGCAAGUGCCAGAAAAGCCAUUUAUUCCCCUCCUGCUUCGGCAGCAGAUGAGCACAGCAGCACUGCGUCCAGGUCAGGCAGUGCUGCUAUUAAAGAGUGCCUGAAGAGACGCAAUUCUCAGUCCUCUCCACCGGUCAAAAUAAAAGAAGAUGCAGAUUUGUUUGAAGUGGAACCAAUUAGGAAACGACUCAAGGUGGAAAUGGAGGGUGUCCGACCAGGCACUAAGAACAACUCCCCACCUAUGCCAGUCAUUGACAAUGUCUUCAGUUUGGCACCUUACCAAGCGUACCUGCAGGCCUCGAGCAUGUUACUUCAAGUCAGAUCUCUUCAGAGGACAGUUCAACUGGCCGAGCACCGUGAAAUCAAACCCAAGCCCGAAGUCAAAGAGAACAGGACGGGUAAAGACGAACGGCAGGCUGGCGCCACUCCGGUUCCCCCCAGGAGCCGAUCGGACAGCUCGUCAGAGAAGCCGGUCGCAGAAAUCAUUGAACCCGACAACAUCAAAGUGGAAAAAGUAGAGCCGCCGGACACCAAGGACUCGGUGGAGACUCCGGUUACGGAGAAGGACUGCAGCGAAAUCACAAUCAAACAGGAACCCGAGGAGACUGGCGCGUCUGACGAUGGGUUGGUGAUCAAGAUGUGUGAACCUGAGGAACUGGAAAGGAAACCUAUGUUAGACGAGGUUUCAGAGGAGUCCAACCCUGCUGAUCUGACCCCGUCAUCGCAGGGUGAUGCAGACGCACUGCGAGACCAGGCGGCCGUCCUUCAGCCCAAAUCAACAACCCCGCCCAAAACUCCAGUCAGUUUUAAAAACAUUCCUCCCCAGUGUCUGAAACUUUCCACCUACAAGAUCCUGCUUCCUGACUCCAAGAGUUCUAGCCCCAUUUCGCCUCAAGCGCUGGUCCGCAAGCACUUCCUGGAGCUGCACCACUCCCUCUGCGCGCUAGUGUCCAAAACCGUGUCGGGCUCCUCGGAGCAGGAGCUCAGAGCCUGGUUUGCUCAGCUGAAGCUCCCAGCGCACGCGUCGUCCUCGGCCAAAGUCCAGAAGGUGUCGUGCUUGUUGGGGGCCGAGGCCAGAGAGGCGUGGCUCAACGAGGAGACCAAGGCGGCGCUGGACGCGGUGCUGGAGCGGCUGCGGGAGUACACGGCCCAGAAGCGCUGCCCGUUCCCGCACGUGAUGCGGGCCGGCGCCGUGUUCCUGCCCAUGCUGGUGGUGAAGGAGCUGCUGUUCGCCGCGGUGCCGGGCGGCCUGGUGGACCAGGUGCUGCAGGAGCACAAGGUGGAGCUGCGUCCCACCACCCUCUCCGAGGAGAAGAUCCUGAUCCAGCUGCACAAGCACGCCUGCUCCUCGCGCCUCCGGAGGCUGAUGUCCCUCAAACACCUGCCCGACAUCUACGGCGACGUGCUCAACCUCUUCUAUUACUCCUGCGUCUGCAAACGUCUGGGAUUAGAUACAGAUGAACCUGCUAUCGGCGAGCACAGCUGCAGGCACAACAGCAGCUGUAGUCCUGCGGAUGUCACGUCCUCACCGGAGUCGCCCUCAAAGGACCUGGAACCCGCAUCACAUUUAAACAGGAAUAGAACCGACGACCGGGCAAGGAGCAGCUUCAGGUACACGCUCCUUGACACCAGUUUGUCAGAUGAGGAAGACUGUGCGAGCGCAGGUGUGCUGGACACACUCAGGAACGGGGACUGGGGCGACCCUCAGUCCGAGGACACGGGUCACACGGCUGCAGGGGACUCUUCGCUCAUUCCACAAAGCGCAACUUGUGAGAAUUCGUGGAUGUGUCCUUUGAGCUUGGAGGGGUUUUCCUCCAGUGACACAGAGGCCGAGGAGUCGUCCAGUCUCCAGACCCUCGGCCAGUCUCCAGGACCAGCCAAACCUGCAGCUGGAUCAGAGAGCUGCUCGGGGGUGAUUCUGAAGCUGAGGAGGAUGUUCAGCGAAGGUCUUAAACGGAAACGGGCCUGUUACGAAGCAGUAGCCAACACGGAGGCGUUUCCCGACGCGUCCCUUCCACAGACUGAAGGGGAGGUCGAGGUAACCUACGACGGAGACCUUCACCGGGCUUCACCCAAAGCCUCCCGCAAGUGGCAAAGGACAGGGAACGUCUCUCAUGCCUUAAGGCCCCUCUGCAGCUCCUCCAAACGAAAGCACAGCUCCCUCCUGAAGAUCAAAUACUGCCCCUACUUGUCUGCCUGCCACAGCGCCGAGCACAGGAGGCGGUGGGUGCUGCGCUCGGCCGUGCAGAGGGCUCGAAGGGCCAUGAGGUUCUAUUACCCGGACCUGGUGGGGAAGAGGAUCCACCAUCUGUACGAGGAAGACGACAAGUCAGAGGUGUGGUACAAGGGAGAGGUGCUGCGCGUCCACGAGGCCCACAGCAACCCCCUCAAGACUGUGUUUGAGGUGAGGUACGACUCCGAGCCCGAGUGGAAGUACUACCUGGAGCUGCUCAUCGACUACAAAAAAGGCUGGCUGAAAAUCGAAGAUUAGCCUCUUCAUCGCUGCUCAGACGGCCGACAGCGUUGCUUCCUCUGCUGACUGCUGCUUUGCAACAGCAGUCAGUUAGUUACUUGCAAAUAAAAGAUAAGCUCUGGUUACUGGUGUGGCCUCCUCAAGUCAAACUAGAUUUUUUUUUUUAUUGUUAUAGGUCAGCUGAACAUUUGUUUUGUCACUCGAGAACCACAGACUGCAGUUUCCUUUAGUGAUGUACUGGUUUAUUGUUCCUGAAAUCAUGUCAUUUUGGAAAUAAAAGACACACAAAUCUACAAAAUGCCCUUUUAAAUUCAUCAUAUCAAACUAUUUAUUGAUUGUAAUUAAAAUACUUGUCAAUUUUAACAACACUGAAGUCAGUGAAUGACUAUGCUAGUUAGAACUUAGAAUUCUAUAAAUGAGAUAAAAGCCACUCUUGUCAGAGGCUUCAUCGCGGCUGUGUAGCUCCAGGCAUUGAUGUUCUGUACUGAGCGCCUGGUACAGGCAGAUGUUGCAUGUCAUAGUAUUUCUAGUACUGUGAAGAUGACUAUCAGAAGAUUUCUCAACUUUUGUAUAUAUUUUUAAACUUCUGGAGACCGAUUCCUUAAAUAAACAAACGGUUAAAUGA